AAUCAAGACGACAAUAGAAGAAGCUCAUGAUUUAAGUGCCAUGACUGUUGAGAUGUUGCAAGGGAAGCUUCUUACACAUGAAAUGGCCAUGAAAAAUGAUGAAAGUGAUGAUGAUUCUCGGAAGAAGAAAUCUGUAGCUUUCAAAAGCUCCUUUAAAGAUGAAAGUGACAGUGAUGAAAAGGAUGAUGAAGAAUUUAUAGUGCUUACUCGAAAGUUUAAGAGUUUCCUAAGGAAAGACAAGCUGAAGAAUCAAGGACAACAAAAGAAAAACUACAAAAGCAGUAAAGGAAAGGGAGAAUGUAGUAAAAAGGAUGAAAUUAUCUGCUACAAAUGCAAGAAAGCUGAACAUAUUAAAUCUGAGUGUCCAAACAAUGAUGAAAAAAGUCUAAAAGCCAAAAAGAAAAAGAAGGCAAUGGUUGCCACUUGGAGUUGCAGUGAGGACUCAUCUUGUAGUAAAGAAGUAAGUGACAUGGAAGCUCAUAUUUGUCUCAGGGCAAAUGAUGACACAGAUGAGUUUUGUGAAAGGCAAAUCCAUUUUCGCGUUUCUGCUCUUCCCGACCCCCUGCAACCGGCCAAAAGCCCCAGCUGCUGCCACCCAUUUCCGGCUCAAAAACCAGUAGGAAGCUUGGGGAUUUCUCCUUAUUUUCUUGUUCUAGGACUGAAAGUGAACCCAGAAAUCUCUCCCCUUUUCAGAAAAUCUGGAUCUGCUCUGUUCUGCUCUGUCCGGUUGCUGCUCUUGCCGGUUGUGGGUGCAAAUUCCUUUGAAUUUUCGCCUCGUGAAUUGCCCCUGCAGAUUGCCGCCGGCUCCCUCACCAGCCAAGCCCAGUUUCUGCAGCUGGAAAUUCUGGAAGCGAAACCGAGGACGGGAAAACCACGGGAAGUGACGAGUUAGAAGGCUAGCCAUUUCAAGAUUGAUAUAGAUUUUAGAAAUAAAUCAUGCUUUUGUAAGAUAGAUUUUACCUUGAGAUUUUGAGCUUAAGUGUAAUACCCCAAAAUUUCCAGAGCAUUAAAGUGUGAAUUAGGGACCUAAUUGUGAAGAAAUACUAUUAAUGAAUUUAAUGGCAAAAAUUUUCAAAGUUCGGGGACUAAAAAGAAAGGAAAUUAGGAUAAGGAUCAGCUGAUAUUUUCAUUCCUUUUCUUCCUAGCCAUACACGUUUCUGCUCUGCUCUUCUUCUUCGUGCAGCCCGAAAAGCCCCCCCCAAAGCCACCGACUUCCUCUUCCUUUGGAAACCGAAAAAAGGGCUUGAAAUUCUCCUUCUUUCUUGUUCAAUAACCAGAUUUAGG